GAACGCAAGCUCGCCAAGAAGGCCGCCAAAGCCGCCCGCAAAGUCGAAAAGCUCCAAGCCAAAGAGGCUGCCAAAGUGAAUGACGAUGGUGCCACGCGUGGCGAGAAGGGCAAGAAGGAGAAGAGCAAGAAAGAUCGCGAGCUACUGAAGCAGAUUCUGGAGCUGGAGACAAAGCGCCACAAUUAUCUGGCAGAGUUGAAGAAGCUCGAUGCCCAGGUCCAGCAAAUGCUCGAGCAAGCUGACGAUGCCGACAAAGUGGCCAAGUGGGUGGCCAAAGCUAUCGAGGAAACCUCCGAUGAGGGUGCCGGCGAGCAAAGCUCCAAACUUACGCCUGACGACGACGACGUUAGCGAGGCGGACUCCUCGGGCGGGAAGAACCCUGACACUGCCGACGGCGAAAAGAAGAAGAAGAAGGACAAGAAGAAGAAGUCAAAGUCCAAGGCUGAGGAGCCCAGUGCCGUUGAAGGACAGGCAUCUGACGGCAAAAGGAAGCGGCAGGACGACAGUGCCGAGCAACCAGCCAGCAAGAAGGGCAAGAAGGCGAAGGGGAGCAAAGGAGGAGAGCAGGAGGCGCAUGCAGCAGCCGAAGAAGUGAAGAUCGAAGGCCUCGAAGGGGGCAAGGCUCGUCAAGAUAAGUUUAUGAGACUGCUUGGCGGCAAGAAGGCCGGUGUCAGCACCGCUCAGCCGGGCAGCCUGGUGUCGAAGAGCCAGGGCGGUUCGGUCCGCGCCGAGGCAGCUAUCCAGCAGCAGUUCGAGGCUGGCAUGGCGCUGAAGGAGAGCGGCCACAAGCGCCGCGGCUUGGGUGCGUAGGACUGUCACGUCUUCUGAGAAAUGAUGGGGCAGAUCCGUUCACCUUGUACUAUAACUGCAGACCAGACAGUCGUUUGGG